AUGAAAACAACAACUCGUGCCAUCAAGUAUUUUCUCAUCGUUGCUAGUAAAGAUCAUGUUCGGAAAGGGAUUGAGCUCUCUAUUGCUCAAGCUUGUCACGGAAAGGUUGCUCCCUUGAAGAGGAUGAAGGCAGGCGACCGUGUUGUUUACUAUUCAUCAAAAAUUAAAAUGGAAGAAAGUGGAAAGGCAAAUUCAUGCCAAAUGUUUACAGCAAUUGGAACUGUAAAGAGUGAUGAUAAACCCUAUCAGGUGGUGAUGAGUGAAGAUUUUAAACCGUGGAGAGUGAACGUAGAAUUUGAAAAGAAUGUGAAGGAACUUUCUGUUCAUUCAGUAUUGGAUCAAUUGGAAUUUAUUACAAAUAAGAAGAAUUGGGGCAUGGCUUUUAGAUUUGGAUUUAAGGAAAUAUCAGAAUCUGAUUUUCUAGUUAUUGAAAAUGGAAUGUUGAAUUAA